GCUCUGCUGUUUGAUCUCUGAAGAACCAUAAUUCCUGAGAUCCUCGUACAUCAACCAAAGAGAUCGAUCCAAUCCAACCAAACCCAUCAUUUCAUCACCAACAAACAAAAGCAUCAUUACCAGCUUCUCUGCUUCCCCUCUUACAAUUUCAGUCUCAGUAGUUGUACUCUCUAACACUCCAACCCCUUCUGUCUCUUAAUUUCUUUUACAAACAAUAUGGACCACUUUUCUAGUGUACCUUGCCUUUGAAGUACCCUCAUUAUUAAUUUGUAUUUCUACCCUCUUAUUGUACUUUCCUUCCUUUCCUUCAAAUCCUUUCUCUCUUUCUCCUUUGGCAGCACCCUAUCCUCUCCCCAGAGAGCAUGCCUGAAUGUCCAGAGAAAGGGAGAUAUCUGAUGAGAUAGGCAAGACGAUUAAGAGAGAAACUGAUGCUUCUUCUCAUCAUCGAAUGGGAAGAAGACACAUGUUGGGCCCUCCCGGAACCCUGAACACCAUCACCCCUUGUGCUGCCUGUAAGCUCCUCAGACGAAGAUGUGCUCAGGAAUGCCCCUUUUCUCCUUACUUCUCUCCCCACGAACCCCAAAAGUUCGCCUCCGUCCACAAGGUCUUUGGUGCCAGCAACGUCUCCAAGAUGCUCAUGGAGGUGCCGGAGAGUCAACGAGCAGAUGCUGCAAAUAGUCUUGUUUAUGAAGCAAAUGUGAGGCUAAGAGAUCCAGUUUAUGGAUGCAUGGGUGCGAUUUCAGCUUUGCAACAACAGGUUCAAUCUUUACAAGCUGAGCUCAAUGCAGUUAGGGGUGAGAUACUUAAAUACAAAUAUAGGGAAGCGAAUCUCCUUCCUUCUAAUCCUCAUCAUAUGGCUUUGUUCUCUACUUCGGGGGCUGUUUCGAUUGCUUCCCUGCCGCAGACCCCACAGCCGCCUCCCCCGCCACCUCCGCCUCCACCUCUACCUCCUACCUCCUCCUCUUCUUCUAUGUACACUAAUCAACCAAGCACCGCGGACUAUAGCACCCUUUCAAGUGAAAAUGUUUCCUUCUUUGGUUAAAAUCUUAAUUAUUAUUAGACUCAUGAAAUCAAGAGAGAUCGAUCCCAUUUAAUUUUCUUAUUAUGAUGAUUCUUCAAGUGGAAUAAAAUGAUGAUAAAGAGAGAAUUAUAUAAUUUA